UCGGAACGCGGCCGGUGGCGGCGCGGAGCGGAGCGGGGCCGGGCGGUGGAGGUGGCAGCGAGGAGGCGGAGGAGGAUGCUGAAGAGCUGCGGGAGGAAGCUGCUCCUGUCCCUCGUGGGCUCCAUGUUCACCUGCCUGCUGGUGCUCAUGGUGGAGCCGCCGGGCAGGCCGGGGCUGGCUCGGGGAGAGGCCGGCGGGGCUCAGCGGGCGCUGCAGAGCCUGGGGGCGGCCCGGCCGGCGGGGCAGGGGGCUCCGGGCUUCCGCAGCUUCGCCGACUACUUUGGGCGGCUGAGCCGGGCACGCCGCGAGCUGCCCGCCGCUCCGCCGAGCCCCCCGCGGCCGCCAGCCGAGGACAUCUCCCCCCGCGACGUCUUCAUCGCCGUCAAAACCACUAAAAAGUUCCACAAAGCGCGGCUGGAGCUGCUGCUCGACACCUGGAUCUCCCGCAACCGCGACAUGACCUUCAUCUUCACGGAUGGGGAGGAUGAGGAGCUGAAGAAGCAAGCACGAAAUGUCAUCAACACCAACUGCUCAGCUGCGCACAGCCGUCAGGCCCUGUCCUGCAAGAUGGCUGUGGAAUACGACAAGUUCAUCGAGUCUGGGAGAAAGUGGUUCUGCCACGUGGAUGAUGACAACUACGUGAAUGUGAGGACACUGGUGAAGCUGCUCUCCAGCUAUCCCCACACACAGGACAUCUACAUCGGGAAGCCCAGCUUGGACAGACCCAUCCAGGCCACUGAGAGGAUCAGCGAGAACAAGAUGCACCCUGUGCAUUUCUGGUUUGCCACGGGAGGAGCAGGGUUUUGUAUCAGCCGAGGGCUGGCGCUGAAGAUGAGCCCUUGGGCCAGUGGGGGCCACUUCAUGAGCACCGCGGAGAAGAUCCGCCUGCCUGAUGACUGCACCAUUGGCUACAUCAUUGAAUCUGUGCUGGGUGUGAAGCUCAUCCGCAGCAACCUCUUCCACUCUCACUUGGAGAACCUCCACCAGGUGCCCAAGACAGAGAUCCACAAGCAGGUGACACUAAGCUACGGCAUGUUCGAAAACAAGCGCAACUCCAUCCACAUGAAGGGAGCCUUCUCCGUGGAGGAGGACCCAUCCAGGUUUCGCUCUGUGCACUGCCUGCUGUACCCCGACACGCCGUGGUGCCCCUCCAACGUGGUGUACUAGGAGACACGUGUCCCCUCCCAACCUCGUCCCGAAUCUCCCCGGUAUCCGACGGGCGUGCGGGACCUGCGUGCGUGCAGGUGUGUCGGUCCUCCAGAUGGACCUCGUUGCUGUGGUAUUGCACAGUGUGUGUGUGUGUGUACUGAAGGCUGCUGUGCGGCCCUUUGUCCCCUGCCCACCCUGCCCUGCCUGGGGAUGGCGAGCGGGGACGGGUCCUGAGCACUUAACCCCGGGGCACGGGGUGAGCCCCUGCCCGCCGGCAGCCCCGCGCCAUGCGUGGGGAGCGCAGCUCUGCAUCCCCCCGCCUAGCUUUUCUUGAUUUCCUUCCAGACGUUGGUUUGUUUUUUGGUGUGUUUUCCCCCUCCCCCACCUCCCGGCUCUACCCCUUUCCUCUUUUCUAGCCCCCAAGUCUCAGCAUCGAGGCUCCGGCUCCUUGGUCAGGGUCACAAUUUUACACAAUCUCAUUCCUCCACGGCCACAGCAAAUGCUAAGCCCAGUGCCAGCAUUCGCACCAUUCCCCGGAGCCCCCUACAUCCUGCUGAAAUGUUUUCAGCAGCGUAAAUCUAUGCACUAUUUAUAGAGACCAAUUUAAAGACUUUCUAUAAAUACGGGGAGAAGAGGGAGGAGGGCUUUUCCGGAGCUGUGUGUGCACAGCACUGUUGUGCCUCCCCGCUGUCUCCUUCUGGGCUGAGUAGGGGCAUCCCACACCCCAGCACAUAGCAUUUGGGGGAGCCAUGUGGGUGCCCCCCCAAUCUGUGGGAUUGGAGCAUCCUCCUGCGGGUGGGGGCUGGAGCACCUGGGAUGCUUGUGUGUAUGUGUUGUUUCCCAGCCUGGCAUUGCUCUUUGGUGCAAUGGGAGUGUGAUAGGCACCCUAAAAAGACAGCCCCCUGCCCCCCCACCCCCCAGGCACUGCCAUAUGUUGUCCCAUGGUUGUCUGGGCAACCUAAGAGUGGGUUCCCACAUUCCCAGGUACAGCCGGGGCAAAACCAGGCUGGGGAACAGUGCCUGGGAGCAGUGUUUGCCGUGAGCCAAGGAUGGAUGUAACCCACUUCAAGGAGGGUUGGUGACUCCAUGUCCCCUAUAUCCCUCUUUGUGUCCCUCUGCCUCCCUUUGUGGGGAGGAUCAGGGGGAAGAGCCGGAGCUGGCAUUUCCAACCCAAAGCUGAGUGAAAAUGGCCCAUAAUGGGUGCGUUGUACAUAUGUUAUUGUGCCAGUAUUUUUUUUACUGUGCCUUUUUAUAAAAAGAAAAAAAGAAAAAAAAGAAAAAAAAAAAAAAACACAACAUGGAGAAUUAUGUAGAUUUUAAGAUGCUUUUUAUACGUUUUCUGUGGAUCGGAAAAGAAGAAAAAGACAAACAACCUUCUGAUAAUCUGUUUAAGAAAGAGAAAAAGAAAAAAAAUUGCCAUGUCUUGUAACUAUCACUUACCUUAAUUUAUAUGUUCCAGUAUCUGGAACGUCACUCUGUGCUUUUUGUAAGUAGGAUGUGUCUAAAGGCGAUAGCUGUGGGAUGGGGAGGGGGUGUGGGCAGCGCGUUCUCAGGGACGUGAACCCAUUCGCUGCCGCCGUCACCAAUAAAGCAGCUUUGGGCUGACCCCCGUCCUG